AUCGUCUACAGUCUACACCGCAGUGUCAUCUGCGAACAGUCUUGCUUGGGACGUCAGUUUCUCGGGUAGGUCAUUAAUGUAUGCUAGGAUCAAACAGGGGCCCAUGGGCGUCCGCAGGUAGGGGCAAGGGGGGGGGGCAUGAUUGGAUAAAAAAAUUUUAGACAAAAAUAGACAAAAAAUUUAUUAAAGUAAAGAGAAAAUAAAGAGAAAGUAACUAAGCCAAGCUGAUGUCCUGUCCGUUCGUUCACCAUGCAAAUACGCUACAGUAAAUUAAAACUAUAUUAAAAUAUUACUAACAAAUUUUUGCCUCCCCCCUGGAAAGUUAAUCGAUUCCCCCCCCCCCCCCCCAGAAAGUUUUCUGCGGGCGCCCAUGCAGGGGCCUGACUUCACAUCUUGAGACUUCUCCAAAGCACGUAGAAGAAAAUUUUGCCUUCCAUGACUUACAUUAACACCGGGAAAUAUAUUUUAGUACAGAAACGUGUUUUUUUAAAUUUCCGAUUCUAAAAAUAUGGAGAAUUCCCGAUAUUAGCUGAGUAAAAGUAAUUCUUAUUGUUAAUUAUUAAUAAUGUAUGUAUUAUUUCAUUUAUAUUAUUUAGAGUUAUAACUUAUAACUUUAAAUAUAUAACAUUUUGUUUUUGGAAAUUGCACAAAAUCAUUUUUCAUACUCAUACAUUACAAUGCAAGGGUUAUGUUAUAUUUAAAUUUAAGAAACACUAUACUAUACUCGAUACUCUUAACUAUCUACUCUACGUCUACGUCUACGUCUACGUCUACACAUUUCGGCGGUCGGAAAUUUGAUUCCGUGUCUGUUACUGUUAGUACUGUUGGUUAGUGUUUGUUUUUUCACGAAUUUCAAUUCAUUGAAUCAUUCCCAUCAUUAACUAUAACUACCUACACUUAGUAAACUUCAAGUUCAAUUCAAGUUUUAGUUAGAAAGUUUUACUAGCGGACUAGCGCAUUUAAGUUUGAUGUGUCGACUGACCACAUAUUUCCUUUGGCAGUAGACUAGAUAGUCUAAGAUACUAAGAUAGUGUAGAGAGGUUGCCGAAUAUAUCUUAGUCUUAGUCUUUGCAGCCAGUGUGAGUGAAAUAUCCUCAUCAACACCAGGCAUAGAAACAUUGCAAAUCCCCUCUAAAUGCAUGGAAGCCAGAAUGAUCAAUAAAUUGAUCAUGGGCGGCGCUUAAUAUAUUGAAGAAGAAGAAGAGUCAGUGGGAGCAAAACAUUUAUUAAUUUAAGUGUAUAAGUAUAAGUAUGAUGUAUCGGUAUGCUUAUACAUUUAUAAAUGUUUGUUUUUUGUACUGAUGGAGGCAUUUUCCCAAACGUCUACAUUUGUAUUUUUUAAAAAUAAUUAUUAAAGCCUAUCCCUAACAUAUAUCAUAUAUCAUAUAUUGUUUUAUUUACACAAAUUGUUUGUGUCUAAUUAAUCUACUUUAAAGUAAAGCUUUAUCGCAGUCCAACUGUAUUUAAGAGUUAAGUAGGGAAAAUCAAGAGUGUUAAAACUUAUAUUUAUUUUAAAAUGUUUUGAUGGUCUUUAUUUAAAUAAAAUAAAUAAAUAAAAUAAACAGUGUCAUGGAACUUUAGAUAAGGAGACAGCAAUACAAUUUUAAGCUACACUGCACCAUGGCAUACCUAGGGUUAGGUUGUAAAAGGGGCACUAUUUCGUACAACUUUGACUAAUGUUAAUGUUUGUAGACCUGUCUAGGACUAUCCAAUAUUUAUGACUAUCCAAAUGUAUAAUUUUGUUAUUCAGAUGUCAACAAUAUUUUUUAUUAUUGAAAAAAACACACAUUCUAUUUAGAGUUAGAGACUGAAUAUUUGAACCUGGAAAGAACAUGUCAGCAGAAGAUCAAAGUCACAGAUCAGAAUUUCAACAUGUGUCUGAGUCUGUGCCAUUUUGUAAAGUAGCGCUACAUGUAAUAAAAGAUCAUCAGGAAGUAACUGUUCACAAGGUAGGUUUAUCAGCAAUUUUGUCACUGAAUGUUAUUAUUUAUGACAGUUACUUGACUUUGCCACUCCCCGUUUGAAACAACCUCAAUAUAAACAAAUAGAAGCAAGGGAUUUUAGCCAGGAUGAGCUAUGGUCAAUGUAAGUUAUGUACUGGUACUUACAAAGCUUUUACUUUUGCCUAAUUUUGAAAAAAUGAGGCUGUCCAUUUUUUAUGUCAACAAAACAGGAGGAGGGGGGUUGGAAAAAACAUUUGACAAUUGUCAAAAUAAAUUGACGUCAAAAAUUAUAUUUUCUUUGAUAUGUACAAAAAUUAAGUAAUUAAAACCAUAAAGAGGCCUAGUUAAUUUGUUGGAAAAUGUUUGUCAAUUUAAUGGCUAUAAACAUUAUUAUAAUUUCAUAUGGUCAGAACAGCAAUGAUGAUAGUUCAUUGAGGUUAAGAGAUUACCAUCUGCUCCUCAACAAAACAAAAUAAAAAAAUGUCAUUAAUUUGAGUGGCUGCCCAAAGACAGAUUGAGGUGAUGAUAAUUAUUGAAUAUAGAAAUUUCUGAUAUUUUAAGCACCGAAUUCAAAAUUAUUAGAUGAGACGAGCCAAUUCCAUAAUAAUAUUACUAUGGCUAUUAUAAUUUAAUAUUAAUAUUAGUUAAUACACGCCAUAGCAAAAGAGGAAAAUGUGGAUUUCAAAAUAAGAAGAUAAAAAAAAAACCCAGUAAAUUUAUUAACAAUAAUAUUUAUACAUUUUCAAUUUUUAAUAAAUUCUGCAAUACAAAAUUGGCUCAAGUCAACAGAAAUUUUUAAAAAUUAAAUAUAUUUGUAUUUUUUUAAAUCCUUUAUAUUUUCUUCGCUUUUUUUGGUGGCUGGCUGGCAAAAUCUUCGAACCACUAAUUUACUCACUUCCAUCAUCCUAAAUAGCUGAAACUUGGCACAUAGACUCGUUGCUGAUGACAAUAUAUUCAUUCAAAUUUUCAGCCCCACCCCCAAACCAAACAAUCAUUUAUUCAAAUUUUUCAAGGGAAAGAUGAAGGAAGUAGGAUGACACUAAUUUCGCAAAAUAAAAUUCUGAUAACUUCGGUAAAUAAGAUUCUUUUUAAAAAAAUAUUGAAAGUGCGUUUGGUGCGUAAUAUUUUCUUUUGUUUUUCUGGAAUAGUGGGGGAAAUAAAUCUGCCUUGUAAAAGCGGUUGGAUGAUUAGAAUAUUAAUAUAGUUAAGGAAUGUGAAAAAAAUAUGCAGUUACGAGCCUUGGAGGGAGGAACACUAAAUGGGAUUCGUAUAAAGUGCGUUACUUGUAUGCAUGUUUUUCAAAUUUUCAGCCCCACCCUCCAUUGGUCCAUAUUACAUUUUAUAAAGGAUUAAUAAGAAAAAUUUUGUUUUUAGGGGUUGUUUAAUUCUUUCUAAUUUCUAUAUCUUAAGUAUUUAAAAGAUGCCUUAUUUAGUUUUAUAAAUAUUUUCUUUGGUGGUGUGGGGAACAAUUUUUUUAAUAAUUUAUAAGAGGUUUCUUUUAAAAUUUGACAGUAGUUGACAAGAAGGAAGGGGGGGUGCAAAAAAUGUCUUUAAAUUGUUGUCAUAAUUAAUGGACGGCCUGAAAGGUAGGUUAUGCAUAACAGCUGUAAGGUCCCAAAAUAUACUUCUGUCAGAUUGAUUUUGCCUGCCAUCAUACAAGUUACCACAUAGCUUGGCAAAUCAUAACAAAGUUAUAGGUCCAUGUAAUCAUCUGAGGUUCUGUCACUACUCAUAUAAAUGAUUAGGAAUCUUUAUAGGCAUGCAUUUAAUAAAAUAGCAUAGUACAUGACUUGUGAAAAAAAAAGAACAUUAAUGUUGUUUGUUAACUCACAAUUAGAUCUAAUUCUUUCAUGCUCUGUUCCCUCCAAAGGCAGACUUGGAUACCCAAACUUUAAUAAAGGAACUGAAGACCCAACUUAAAGAAGAUGUGAGUAUUUGAUCUCUUAAAAAUUAGAUAAAGGAAAAGUAUUAUCUUGAUGCACUAAAAAUUGAUAUUUUUAUGAUGAGGUAUAUAAAAAUAAAACUUACACAUUUUACAUAAAUUAUGAAAAAUUAAAAAAAAAAAAGAAAAAAGAACCUAAUGACAACAUGAUAAAUAUAUUGAAGUUGCCACAUUUUUAACUGAUUUUUUUUAAACCCUUUUAUUUUAAAAAAUUAGAUAAAGGAAAAGUAUUAUCUUGAUGCACUAAAAAUUGAUAUUUUUAUGAUGAGGAAUAUAAAAAUAAAACUUACACAUUUUACAUAAAUUAUGAAAAAUUAAAAAAAAAAAAAAAAAAAGAACCUAAUGACAACAUGAUAAAUAUAUUGUAGUUGCCACAUUUUUAACUGAGUUUUUUUAAACCCAUAUAUUUUUAUGCCUAGUGUUCAAAUAUUGGAGCCAUAGCCAUGUGGGAGUAAUUUAUUUCCCGCUUACUAAGCCAUAUUAUCACAUGACAGACAGACUUUGUCAUCCUAAUGCAAAUUUCCUGUUCUGAAUGGUCCUCCAAAUGUGAUAAAUUUUUUUCUUCACAUUUUUUAGUGACCAUCCACAGAUAACCAGAUAUAACUUAUUACUGUCCUACUUCCAAUACUAGUAUUUUAACAAAUGUAACUUGUUUACUUGUUAUGUUAUCUUACUGUUUAAAGAAAAAAGUAAGCUACAGAAGUUAUUAUUCUUGUAUUAUUUAUCGGUUUGAAAUGUUGUAUAUUCCAUUUUUUCCAGACUAGUCAAAUCCUUUACGCUAGAACUAAUGCAAGUAGAAUUUUGCUAGAGCUGAAAAUCGAAAUCAUAAUUUUAAAGUUGGUAGUGUUGUCCAUCUUGGUUCCGAGAAAAAAUGACAGGAAGUGCUCACUGGAAUGAUCUUGAAAAAAAACAAAUAAAAUGUAAAAAAAACAACUCACUGGUGACAUUGCGAGGAAAUUUCACAGCAGUGAUUAUUAGCAAAAUUAUGUAAUUAACAAAACUGAAUAGUGGCAAGGGGCUCAAAAAGUCAUGUGACUGAUAUGUUUAAUGUUUUAUCUCUUCCCCCUAGCUUUUUUAUAACACUGUCUACACAUUCAUGAUUAUGUGGAUUAAGAAAACUGGUACUCAUGAUUCAAUCAUAAUUUUUUUUCUAAUUUCAGGGUAUUAUUAAGAGUGACGAUCAAGUUUGGUACUUGGAUGGUACAGAGUUACAUGAUGAAAAAUCCUUGGGCUACUAUGACAUUACAGGAGCAAAUAAAAUAUAUAGGGAUCCUAUUCGAAUAAAUGUCAAUGUUAAUACAUUAUCUUGAUUUCCAAGUUAAAUGCAAAGGGCAACUUCGUUUCAGAAUUUUAACUUUGCUAAUGCUAAUGGGAGCUCCAUCCAUAUCAAAAUUCAGUAGACAUUUUUCUCAAGCAGGCUGUAUCAAGUAAGAGAUGACCUUUGCUAUUCAGUUGCUGUUUUUAAAAAAGAAAUGUUUCAAUUUUAAUGCAACACCUUGCCAUAUUUCAUCUGGCUAGACGAGUUGAUGGUGUUCCAAUUUAUCCAUCGAUUUCUUUUAGAUGAAGUGUAGUGGACAUAUCACUAUGGACAAAACAUAGUUUUAGGCUAUGUCCAUCAAAGCACUCUAUGUGGCUAUUGUCAAAUACUAUUUUUUUUUUUACUUAAGAGGCCAUA